AUGUCCAGAAAUCCGUACUAUUACGCAAGCAAGGGAAUGAAAAAAGAGACGAAGGAAAAGAGCCCGAAGGUGAAUUGCAGCCAAACUCCUUUCCCAUUUAUUAUGUUUCAAUUCAGAAAUCGAAGCAAAAGAAGAGCACCGUCGGCGUUGAUGUUCCUGUUCCGUUCUCGCAACAGCCGUCGUCAAGCGGUUCCGCUUCGACAAAGCAUCGAACUCUCCGUGCAACUUACAGCAACCCUGGCUUUGUGGCAUCGAGUUCGAGUUCGGUGAGCUCCGGCCUAUCCACCAGAUCCGGGAGAUCCGCUUCCAUCGCUUCGAGACCGACUACGCUCAGCGGAGAAAAACGGAAGAAGGGAAAACGUUCGAACGAUGGCAAGACAAACGAUCAAUCUGAUGAAGAGAAGAGGGAGAAGAAAGAGGUAAGAAAUUAUUUAUUUUGUGUUUCUGCACUAUUAUCUCGUUCUUUUUUCAGAGUCCGGACAGUCUCAACGCCAAUUUCGAUGCAGAAAGUCUCGACGGGCGAAACCAGAAAGGACCACGAUCCCCACCGGGUGGUGGAAGCGCUGUCCGAGUGGUCGACGUUAACUACUUUUUCUUCGAAGAGAGCCUUGUAUGUAUUCCGGUACCCUCGACUUCUCAUAGCUUGAUCUCCUUCUAAAUCAGACUUGCAACGGGUCGCCAUGGCCAGGCCCGGCAAGUUUCAAUACUACCAUAAUUUCCCGAAAAUUUGUUCAAAAGUUGGCGGAGCGAUAGAUCCCUUUAGAAAGUUUGCCGCACGUUUUUUUUCUCCCAAAAAAUUUGUGCGGUCCUUGGCAGCAAACUCUUCGGCGCGGCCCGCAAUCUUGCAAGUAUGUUUCAAAUUGCUAUUCUGACCAAUAUUCGAGAGGGAGAACAGAAGGCUUUUCACUUUUUUGACACCUUUUCCGCGUUUCUCCGCCACCCAUACCUUCUCAACCCCUCAUUUGGAUAUUCUCGCCAUUGCCCGCGAAAGUCGCCUUGAAAAAAGGGAAGCGGAGAAAGGAGAGAGAACGAGAAAAAGAGCAAAAAAGAGUUGAGAGUGGAGAGUUAUCAGAUAGCUAAACCAGGACAUGUUUUCAUUCCUCUCCGCUGAGCCUUAUAUUGUAUCCGUUGUAGACGCGACAUUGUAGAAUGGUGGGCGCCAUGUUAUUUUGUCUGUUUCCGUACCUUUCAAAGUCUGAAAUCAAUCUCUCUUUUACUUGUUUUUGUGGUCGUUAGGUGAAUGGCACUCGCCCGCUCUCUUAUUAUUUCAGCCUGAUCUCUCCAAUUUUGUUUUCGAAGACUUUCUGGGAAUGGGAAUAUGUUCAUUACAUUUGUUCUUAUAAUUAUUUACAGAAUCGAAAAUUUUCCAAAUUUGCAUUUUCCUUAAACAAACGGCUUGAGAAAGUGGCAAACGUCGGUUUGCAUUGUCGUUCGGCGGCGCGCACUUUCCUCCAAUGCGUUGGCAAAUUGUCUGCGUAUCUCGCCACCGCGCACUAUCUCGCUCUCUUCUCGGCAGUGUGUCGGCCUCUGGUUUUGCCUCGCUCACUCUCGACGAUCACUGCCGGUUUUAUUCGAUAUGUACAUAAUAAUGCACUGCCCCGUCCGCUUUCGCCCACCGAACAGAACGCCUUCCUGUGUCUCCCUCUCCCACGUUGUGCUUAUUGAUUUUCUCGGUCUCGGAGGACAGUUCAUCUCCUCCGCCGGCGCCGCAAACUACGUGUUUCUUCUCUCACCGUCUUUCUUUCUUGUUCCUUUCCUCGAUCGAUCGAUUCCCCUUCAUUGGUCUUUGUCUGUUUGUACCUGUUCACAACGCCAUUUUACAGUUUGGCCUUCAACGCGCCGCCGCCAUGUCCGAUUUGUUCACCGGAAUAACCACGUCGCUGAAGAGCACGGCAUCGGCAAUCACAAAAAACGAAUAUGUGCGCAAAGUGACCGAGUCCAUGUGAGUUGUCUUUUCUAUCUUUGAAAACGCUGUAAAGUUGAAAAAUUACUCGACCGAACGGAAAGUAGGCUGCGAAAUCAGUUUUUCUUGCUCUUCCGGGAAAACUGCGGGAAAUGGGAGCGAAAAAGUGUAAAUGGGAGCAGAAUCGAUACUCGAAAAGAGGGAAAUGCACUGAAUGGGCGGCUUAAUUGAAAGAUUGGAAGGCGUCGUCUCGGCCGGCUCUCUAACCCGCAUGUUAUGCCCUCUGUCACCUCUUAUUAGACACCGCAAUGCGUUUGGAAAGACGUGGAAAGAAAGCCGAAAGUCAGAAGACUUCGAGACGAUUGAGUUAAGAGAUUGGCGAAACAGCUGUGCUCACUUGAGCUUUGCCUGUUUUGAAUCACGUGAAACACCACUGUGUCGGAACUAAACGGUUCUGUUGAAAAAAAGCCGAUAAGUUCUAGGAACGACGCGAUUAUGAACUAUUCGAAAGCUGAGAUGGCGGUUCGUGAGGCAACCAACGAGGAUCCGUGGGGACCGACGGGACCACAAAUGAAGAAAAUUGCCGAGUACACGAAAUCGUGCGUAACACCAACGCUGUGAAAUAUAACUAGUGGAAUGUUUGCAGGAGAUACAUGGAAGACUUCUACAACGUGUUCACCCCCCUCUUCAUGAGAAUGCUUCAAAACAACAAAGAUGCGUGGAGACGAGUGUACAAGGUAAUAAGGGAGAAAAGACGUAAAAGAAUGAAACCUGGAUUUCAGAGUUUGGUCCUUCUUGAUCACCUGCUGAAAAAUGGAAGUGAGCGGUUUGUAACCGAAGCGAGAGACAAGUCUUAUGAGCUACGAAGACUCGAGAGCUACAAAUUCGUUGAUGAGAAAGGAAAGGAUCAGGGAAUCAACAGUGAGCGAUCCGAUUUGUGCACACCCGUUCCCUAGCGGUUUCUCUUUUCAGUCCGUCAUCGUGUCAAGUUGAUUCUGGAGUUGCUCAACGACGACGACAAGCUGCAGGCGGAGCGUCAGAAGGCGAACGCCGAUGACAAGUCCAAGUACCGCGGCUACGAUCAAUAUGACAUCAAGAGCGCCGCGAGCUACAACAACAAGACCUUCGACAGCAACAAGUGGGACCAAGGUUCAUCAAAGAACGAAUCGAACAACUACAACAAGAAGGACAGUCGAGAAGUGUCCAAUUUCUCGUUCACCUCGUCGAACAACCGAUCCCCGUCGCCGGAACUUGGAUUCGUGGAUGAUGUGAGUUUAAUGGAUUCUGAGCACGUAAUGGGAGGAAAACGGAAAGAGGUACAGCAAAAUGACUACGCACUGCGUUUGGUGAGCACAUUUAUGCCGAAAUCGAUACGACACAUUAGCCACGAAAACGAAAAUGUUGAUGUGUUGGCUGUGCAUGGAAGAAAAUUGAGAAAUGGCCGGGUGCACAUGCACACAAUUUAGUCGAAAUGUAGGCUCAUAGCAAAGCGGAGGACCUCUUCUGAAUGACCUCUCACCAGUUUGAGCGCUAAAGCACCAGGGAACCCUCCGAGUUGGCGGCUCUAUGGCCCUUUAAGAGUCUCGCUUCGAGAAUGAGCAUCGGCUUUGUUCAUCGACACGGUCAAACAUAGUUGCAGAACAAGAAGAAGGACGAAGAUGAGGAUGGUUUCGGCGACUUUGUCAGCUCGCGCUCGUCGCAACCGGCCAACAAGUCCAAGUCGAUUCCCAACUCGUCCAAGAGCAGCAACUCGUUCUUCGACUCUGUUCCUUCGAUUGCACCGCCGUCGGCCAAGUCGAACUACGUCGCUCCGCCGCUUUCUCCGGGUGAGUAGCUAGAUUGGCUUCAGAGCUUGAAGGUUUUUUAGCCACCACCUCGUCUUUAUCAAGUAAACAAUGAUAUUUCAGUGGGAAAGAAGGCGCCGAGCAACUUUGAUCUUCUCGGAGGAUUCGAUGCGCCAGCACCGGCACCAACCACUCAGAACAACGUUGUCGGCGGAAACAUUGACUUGUUUGCAGUGAGUGACGUUGAAGAAAACAGAAAAAAAAUGGUGUUUCAUUCCAGCAACUGGCCUCGCCGGUUGCCAAAGCGGUUCCAGCUCAUGUGGCGGCCCCGGUUGUUCAAUCAUCGGGAGGCUUGGAUCUAUUCGAUUUUGGUGCUGCGCCAGUGGCUCAAACUGCUCCGGCACAAACCACUAACGGUGGGUUCAGUGGAUUCGACUUUGGAUCUGGUUUUGGAUCGUCGUCGGCCGCUCCGACAUUCGGAGGAGCUCCAUUGCAACCGGCCAUUCCAACUCAGCAGCCACAGAUUCAGAAACAAUUCGAUCUGGGUGGUCCCUCCCCGAAGGUAACCUACCGCAAUCUUAUGUGUCGGUAAAGCUUAUACUUUUUGAUUUCAGGUUGGAAACUCGUUCGCUGGUCUCGAUCAAUUUAUGAAUCUGUCGCUCAGCUCAACUAACUCGAACGCUCCAAAAGCCAAAACGUUGAACGAGAUGAUCGGAGGGAACAAGUGA